AUGCGCUGGUUUGGAAACACUGCAAGAUGCGGUUGCCAACCUAUUUCAGUGGCGUUCUUGUUUUCAUGGUUCGCAGACCGAAUUCCAAACAUACAUCAUGCGGGAUCAGCUGGAAUUGCAAAGCUCUGGGCUCCUUAUAUUCUCCCACACUGGGUGAUCAAAACAAUCGUUGUAGACACAGAUAUUCUGUGGAAUGAAAAUGUGGGAACGUUGUGGAAAUUUUUUGAUCAAUUUACCUCGACACAGAUGCUUGGAAUGGCUUGGGAACAGCAAACCCAAGACGCGCGUUGCCGCGGGAGUUCUAAAAUUCUCUUUCCAGUCACUGGUGUUAACUCAGGCCUCGUUUUAAUGCACCUUUCGAGGAUGCGAGCUGCGAACUGGGGCCUAAUAACCGAGCAGCACAUUGUUUCGUCUUUGGCAGUCAGAAAAUACUUAAGCCAAGCCGACCAGGACAUAUACAACAGCGUGCUAACCCUGAAACCGGAAUGGCUUCAUAAUCUUCCGUGUGAAUGGAACGUGCAGGUCUAUUCUCCGAUGGCAGUACAAUGCUGCCCGGUAAUUUGGCCUGACAGAAGACCAAAAAUAACCCAUGAGUGCUCUGACGUCAAACAAAACUCCACGAGGUCCUACGGAUUCUUAAGGGUCGCACAUUAUAAUAAAGCUAACAAGCCAGAAGACACUGGGUGGAAAAAUGCGCGUCCAUACAAUCCUCUACAGUCCGGAUUUGCACUUACA